UUGGGCACUGUCCUCUAGCACCCUCGCCCAAGUCUAAGGUCAGUUUUCACCUGGGUCCGCAGCCUGCUGGGCUUCAGUCUGGCCAGUCCUGGGUCCCCUGCACUGGAGGUGGAGACCUCGGCCUCGGCGGAACCAGCGUUUAAAGGGCGGCCGCCACCUGGACCCCGCACCAGAGGCCUCCGACGCUGCGGCGUUUCCUCAGAGCUCUGGCCGGCUGCGCCCGUGGUGGUCGCUUAUCCCAAACUCACUGAAUCUUAAACUCUAGGCUGGGUGCAGCAGUCGGAGUGAGAGCAAAGUAGAGUUGGACAACCACCCUCGUAUUUAAUUCACCUCCCAAAGCGUCCUUUGCUGUCUUCCCAAAAAGGAAAAGCGUCCCUGCCAUUCGGGUCACGGAGACGAGAGCCUCACCUUGUCUACGCUGACCUGUGGAUUUCGGCGUGUUCGGGAACAUGGAUGAAGAAAGAAGAGCUACUGAGUUACAGAAAGACAUGACACAGGAGUCAGUGGUCUUUGAGGAUGUUGCUGUGGACUUUAGCCAGGAGGAGUGGGCUUUGCUGGAUAUUGCUCAGAGGAGCCUCUACAAAGAGGUGAUGCUGGAGAACUUCCGGAACCUUGCCUCACUAGGUUUUGAGAUUCAGUGUAAAGGUAAUGAAUCAGUUAUUUCACAAGAUAUUUAUGGAGAAAAAAUAUCUGAUGAACAGAAAAUAGUAAGAUUCAAAAGGAAUGAUUCCUGGUUGUCUGUUUUAUACAAAAAUUGGGAAUACCAUGCUGUUGAUGAUAAGAACAAAAACCACAAGAGACAUCUGGGAAGUCAUGUGGUGGAGAACAUCUAUGGCUAUAAUGAAGAAAAUCAGUGUGGACAAACCUUCAGCCAAAUUUCAAAUCUUAAUAUACUCAAGAGAACUACUGAGGUAAAAUCAUAUGAAUGUUGUGAAUGUAAAAAAGUCUUCACGGAUCCUUUGUCUCUUAGGAAUCAUGUCAGCUCUCACACUGGAAGCAAGCGCUAUCGGUGCAAGGAAUGCGGAAAAGCUUUUCAUUUUCUUGCUUGUUUCAAGAAGCAUAUGCAAACUCCCACUGAAGAGAAACCCUAUGAAUGUAAGGACUGUACCAAAGCUUUUGGUUGUUCUUCAUUCUUUAGGGCACAUAUGAAGAUUCACACUGGAAAGACAAACUAUGAAUGUAAGGAAUGUGGAAAAACCUUCAGUUGUUCUUCAUCCCUCACAGAACACAAAAGAAUUCAUAGUGGAGAUAAGCCAUACGAAUGUAAGGAAUGUGGGAAGGCCUUUAGUUGCUCCUCCUCACUCUCCAAACACAAAAGAAUUCAUAGUGGAGAUAAGCCAUACAAAUGUAAAGAAUGUGGGAAGGCCUUUAGUUCUUCCUCUCACCUUAUAAUACAUAUAAGAAUUCAUACUGGUGAGAAGCCUUAUGAAUGUAAAGAGUGUGGAAAGGCCUUCAGUGAGUCCUCGAAACUCACUGUACAUGUCAGAACACACACAGGAGAGAAACCCUAUAAGUGUAAGGAAUGUGGGAAGGCCUUCAAUUGUCCCUCCUCCUUAAGUAUCCACAUGAGAAAACACACUGGAGAGAAACCCUAUGAGUGUCUGGAAUGUGGAAAAGCCUUCUAUCUUCUCACUUCCCUUAAUACACACGUGAAAAAUCAAAGUAGAGAGAAACCCUAUGAAUGUAAGGAAUGUGGAAAAGCCUUUAGCUGUCCCUCAUCCUUUAGAGUGCACGUGAGAGAUCACACUGGGAAGAUACAAUAUGAGUGCAAGGAAUGUGGGAAGGCGUUUAGCCGCUCCUCAUCUCUCACAGAACACCUGAGAACUCACAGUGGAGAGAAGCCGUAUGAAUGCAAGGAGUGUGGGAAAGCCUUUAUUAGUUCCUCCCACCUUACAGUACAUGUCAGAACUCACACUGGAGAGAAGCCUUAUGAAUGUAAGAAAUGUGGAAAAGCCUUUAUUUAUCCUUCAGCUCUUAGGAUUCACAUGAGAACGCACACUGGGGAGAAACCCUAUGAAUGUAAGGACUGUGGGAAGGCCUUUCGCCAUUCUUCAUACCUUACUGUACAUGCCCGAAUGCACACUGGAGAGAAGCCGUUUGAGUGUCUGGAAUGUGGGAAAGCCUUCAGUUGUCCCUCAUCUUUUCGGAGACAUGUAAGAAGCCACACUGGAGAGAAACCCUAUGAAUGUGAGGAGUGUGGGAAAGCCUUUGUUUGUCCCGCCUACUUUCGAAGACAUGUGAAAACUCACACUAGAGAAAGCAUGUAAAGGUAAGGAAUAGGGGAAUGUAUGCAAGGCUUUCCAAUCCCAGGCAGCAUGUGAGAUCUCACACUGGAGACAUUCUGUGACUGUGAGAAUGUGUUUGAAGACAUUUGAGAACUCACAACUUGGAGAAACCCUUUGUAUGUAAACCAUGUAGUGAUAUCUUCCUGAUAUCACUUGUAAGUGAAAAGCAUAAGAAAUAAGUGUACAAGAAAAUUCAUACUGGAAGCAAAGAUCAGUGCCUCACCCUUACAGUGGAAUGUUGACAUUGAUUUCUGGUUUUUAUUUUCUGAUAUGAAUAUCAGUGUGCAGUGAUUAUGGUAUGGACACUUUGGUAUUUAUAAUUUCUUUUAUAAUUUUUAAUUGAUUUUAAAGAGAGGACAUGAGAGAGAGAAACAGUGAUUUGUUGAUACACUUAUUUAUGCAUUCAUUGGUUGAUUCUUGUAUGUGCCCCGACCAGGGAUUGAACCCACACUGAACCCUGGGAUUGAACCCUGGCAUAUCAGGAUGAUGCUCUUACCAACUGAGCUACCUGGCCAGGGUCUUCUUUUAUAAUUUUCUUUUGUAGUUGGUAAUUGCAUUUUGAUCUAGUAUGGCACAUACUGGAAAUUACCUAUUCAAUAUUCCCCCCCCCCUUUACUAAGUGAAACUGUUGUUUUUGAAAUUAAUAAUUUUUUACUAUUCAAUGCUUUUGUUGUCUAAUAAGUAAUUUCAGCAGAAAUUAAUGUGCACAGGUCUUAAAAGAAGUGUCUUACCUGAUACAUUGUUUUUGUAUUUCAUUCUUUGUUCUUACUCAUGGCUGGGAAUUGGAUCCAAUGUUUUGAGAGUAAAAAGAGACCUUGUAACAAGAAAGCAAGAAGUAAAGUUGGGUGGGCUGGCUUCCGUGUGUUAAUUUGGGCAUGGCUGGACCCCACUUCCCAGAAUCACUUCCUUACUCAGUUCCAGGUUAGAGUUGUCUAAAAAUAAACAGUUUGUGUGUGAAUUGGAAGGCAGAGGAUAGAAUCUCUUAUUUUUAGUUUAGUGAGGCCAUGAGACAGGGAAGCAGAUGCAUAGUGACUGGUGGGCUCUAAUUUCCAGCUCACUUUCCUGCUUGUUGGCCCCAGCAAUUAAUACUGGCUCAAGUGGAACAUACAAUGCUUGACUUAAGUUAUCUUAGAAGCAGCAGUUCCAUAACAUCUCUGUAAGUUUCACCAUCAUGGCCAUUCACAGCCUGUUAGAUUUUUGGCAACUGUUCGCAUUGCUGAUAUUACAGUCCCUCUGGCACAUCAGCUGAUUACAGAGUUGGUCCAAGUUUGGAGCAGGACUGUUGUCAUGUCCACAGUCCAGUUCCAUUAUGUCAUUCUACUUAAGGAGGAAGUACAUCUAUGUAAGUUCACUGUGGUCCUCAAAGAAGCACAGAUUUGGACAGUGAGGAAAAUUAGGUGUAAUUGAAAUAAGCAUUAGAUAGGGUACCAGCCCAUUUUAGUGAAGAAAGAUUUAUAUUUGACACUUUCAAACAAGGACGAUUUUAUCACUUUUUUUAAUCUUUAACUUUUAGAUGAAAGUUAUCUGGUUUAUGUUUCAAGUGCUUUAUCAACCUUUUUCCUUCCAUUAUAUUUUCCCCUUAUCUCUAAGAGUGCAGUCCUGUGCCACAUAUGACAUUUCAGUCAACAACAGGUGGCAUGUCUGAUGGUGCUCCCAUAAGAUUAUAAUGGAGCAGAAAAAUUUCUGUUGCCUGUACAUUCUGUGAUAUUUGCACAGUGAUGAAAUUGUCAGAUGAUGCAUUUCUCAGAACGUGGCCCAAUUGUUGAGUUGUGCAGUACUGUAUACCAGUAGUACUUUCCAUUAAUCACUUUUUUAUUGUUUUAUUGAGGCAUAUAUAUAUGUACUAAUGUGCAUGAAGUGUGCUAAUCUUAAGUGUACAGCUUGAUGAAAUUUCACAUAAUGUUUACAUCCUGAUAAACAGGACAUUGCCAGGACUCCUGAAAAUUCAUUCAUCUUCCUUCUCAAUAAGUGCUCCCUGAGACAAGCCCAAUUUUGACUUCUGUUACAGUUUAUUAGGGUUGCUUGUUCUUGAUCAUUAUAUAAAUGUUAAAAUACAGUAUGUACAGUUAUGUGUUUGGAUUCUUUUCUCACCAUAAUGUCUGUUUGCCUUUCAAUUGCUCUUUGGCAGAUUAAUACAUUUCUCUUGGUAUAUGCUUUAUAUGUGGGGAUAAAAUUAGUGAAUACAAGGGUAGAUUUCAUGCUUAGUUUUGGUAGGUAUUCAGCUUUUUCAAAAAGGUUGAUCCCCACCUAUAAUCCUAAAAGCAGUACAUGAAAAUUGCAGUUAUUCCACUUAUCUGGCCAGCACUUUCUAAUUUUAGCCAUUCGGCAGAAGAUGUGGUAGUAUCUUGUUUUGGGUUCUAAUUUGCAUUUACCUGACAUGUAAUGAUGUUGAGUACUUUUUUAUGUGCUUGUUGACUAUUUGGAUAUCUUUUAUGAGUGCAUCUAUUAAAGCAUUUCAUCAUUUUUUUUUUAAUUUGAAGGAUUUCCUUCUGGUUACUACUUGUCCUAAAUUUAUGGUAUAUAUGUGUAUAUCUGUAUGGUUACAUACAUACAUAUGUAUCAUGUGUUAUAUAUGUUAUAUAUAUUAUAAUAUGUAUAUUAUAUAUACGUAUAUUGCAAAAAACUUUUCCCAGUCUCAGGCUUGUGUUUUCAUUCUUUUCAUUUUGUUAGCUAUAAAGGGAAUUUAUUGUUUUGAUUACUGGAAAGUCCUUGGGUAUACUUGGCUUCAGGCAUGGCUGGAUCCUGGGGCUAAAAACAUAUCUGGAUGAAUCCUGUUUCAAUGUGUUGGCUAUGCAUCUUCCUGUACUAGCUACUCUCCUUGGCAGUCUUUCUCUCUUUGCAGUGGGCCCUAGAAGGUUCAGGUUGCUUUAUUUUCCUGGUUGAAUUUUCAGGGAAAAGAGAGUGAUUGUCUUUUGGAACAAUUCCAUUAUGAUUAUGGCAAUUGAAUCUGAUUGGCUUGCUUGCCCACUGUUUUCCCCAGGAAUGUAAUAUUCUCAUUUCUUUAUGACUAGCUUUCACUCUCAUCCAGAAACCAGAGUAGAGUCUACACUUACCUUCCCUAUUCACCAUUUGUUUGUAUAUUAAUUUUAGAAUCUCUGUUGUCAAUUUAACAAAUAAAUCUGGGACUGUGCUUGGAAUUGCACUGAUUUUAUAGAAUAACCUGAAUAAAACUGACAUCUUUACACUAUUGAGUCUUCCAACUGAUGAAUGUAAUAUAAUUGUACAUAUACCUACGAUGUCUCUAAUUUCUUUUUUUAAGUUUUUUUAAAAGACUAUUUUAUUGGUUAUGCUGUUACAGUUGUCCCAUUUUUUUCCUCUCCUUUAUCCUCCUCUGCUCUGCAGGCCCCACCAGCAUUCCUCCUGCCCUCACCCCCUUAGUUCAUGUCCAUGAGUAUAAAUAUAAGUUCUUUGGCUUCUCCAUUUCCUAUACCAUUCUUAACUCCCUCUGCCUAUUUUGUACCUACAAAUCAUGCCUCUUAUUCCCUGUACCUUUUCCCCCAUUCUCCCUGCUCCCCUUCCCACUGGUAACCUUUCAUGUGAUCUCCAUUUUUGUCAUUGUGUUCCUGUUCUAGUUGUUUGCUUAGUUGGUAUUGGUUUUUGAUUUUUAGGGUCAGUUGUUGAUAGUUGUGAGUUUGUUGUCAUUUUACUGUUCAUAUUUUUAAUCUUUUUCUUAGAUAAGACCCUUUAACAUUUCAUAUAAUAAGGGCUUGGUAAUAAUGAGCUCCUUUAACUUGACCUUAACUGGGAAGCACUUUAUCUGCCCUUCCUUUCUAAAUGAUAGCUUUGCUGGAUAGGGUAAUCUUGGAAUUAGGUCCUUGUCUUUCAUGACUUUGAAUAUUUCUUUCUAGCCCUUUCUUGCCUGUAGGGUUUCUUUUGAAAAAUUAGCUGAUAGUCUUAUGGGCACUCCUUUGUAGGUAACUUGUCUCCUUUUCUCUUGCUGUUUUAAGACUCUGUCCUUAUCUUUAAUCUUGGUAAUUUAAUUAUGAUGUGCCUUGGUGUGUGCUUCCUUGGGUCCAAUUUCUUGGGACUCUCUGAGCUUCCUGGACUUCCUGGGAGUCUCUUUCCUUUGCUGCAUUAGGGAAGUUCUUCAUUAUUUUUUAAAAAAUAAUUUAUUUAUUUAUUUAUUUUUAGAGAUAGGGUAAGGGAAGAAAAAAAAUAGGGAGAGAAUAUCAAUGUGUGGUUGUUUUUUACAUGGCCCCUACUGGGGAACUAUCCUGCAACCCAGGCAUAUGCCCUGACUGGGAAUUGAACUGGCAACCCUUUGGUUCAUAAGGUGGCACUCAAUCCACUGAGCCACACCAGCCAGGGCUCCUUCAUUAUUUUUACAAAUAAGUUUUCAAUUUCUUGCUCUUCCUCUUCUCCUUAAGCACCCCUAUGAUUUGGAUGUUGGAAUGAUUAAAGUUUUCCUGAGGUUCCAUAGCCUCUUCUUAUUUUUUGAAUUCUUAUUUCUUCAGUCUGUUCUGGUUGAAUGUUUAUUUCUUCCUUCUGCUCCAAAUUGCUGAUUUGAAUCCCAGUUUCCUUCCUGUCACUGUUGGUUCCCUGUAGUUUUUCUUUAUCUUAUUUUGCAUAGCCUUCACUUUUUCCUCCAUUUUGCAACCAUACUCAACCAUUUCUGUGAGUAUCCCGAUGACCAGUGUUCUGCACUCUGCAUCUGAUAGGUUGACUCUCUUGUCGUGCUUAGUUUUGUUUUUGGAGUUUUGAUCUAUUCCUUCAUUUGGGUCAUAUUUCUUAGUCUGGGCACCUGCUAUGUUGUAAGGGGCAGAGCCUUAUAUGUUCACCAGGGCAGGACAGCCCACCUUGCUGCUUUGAGGGUUACUGUAUGUUGCGGAGGGAUCCGAAAGGGGACAAUGCUUCUUGCUUGGCUCUUGCCCUGCUUUCAGUCACUUUCCCUGCUAUCCAAAAGGAAAUUGGGCCCUUCCGCUGUUGACUUCUGGGUAGCUUCUUGUGCAUGUUCUAGGAUCCAGUGGGUCUCUCCAACAAACUCUCUUGUGAGGCUGGGAGUUUCUCAUGCUGUUGCAACCCCCACUGGUUUUUACAGCCAGAGGUUUUGAGGCUUUCUUUUCCCUGUGCUGGUAACCUGGGUUGUGUUGUCUGUCUUGCUCCCCAGUUGCUCCUCCCAGCUUACCUGCAUAUGAAUGUGGGACCUUCCUGUCCACCAGCCACUGUCUAGCCUAUCCUUGCUACGAGUCCUCUCCACCCUGGUUGCCUGUCUCCGCCACUCCUAACAGUGGAUGAAUGUGUCUUCUUUAACUCCUUGGUUGUCAGACUUUCAUACAGUUUGAUUUUCUGGCAGUUCUGGUUGUUUUUAAAAUUUUUUGUUGCCCUUCUCUUGGUUGAGGAAGCAAAGCGUAUUUACCUAUGCCUCCAUUUUGACUGGAAGUUCUUUGUCUUUAAUUUCUUUUAACAGUGUUUUAUAGUUUUAAUUGUAGAGGUAUUGAAUACUUUAAUUUAUUUCUAGGUAUGUAGUAUGUUUUGCUUUGUAAAUAUUUUUAUUUAUUUUUGAAUUUUUUAGACUAGCACGUAGAAUUGCAAUUUCUUUUUGUACAUUGCUGUUUUAUCCAGUGGUACUUAUACAUUCAUUUAUUUAUUCAAAUAUUUAUGGCUUAUUUUGGGUUUCUAUGUAUAUAGUCCUGUCAAUACCAAUAAAAGAAAUUCUAAAUUUUAUCCUUUCUUUUUCUUGCCUCAUUGCUUUACAGUGAUGAAUAGAAAUGAAAAUGAGCAUCUUAGACUUGUUUCUGCUCUUAGGGGAAGUUUCAUAAUUCACCAUUAAGUAUAAUAAUAGCUGUAAGGUUUUUUUUUUAAUAGUUCUAGUGGCAUCUUUUAGGCAAACACUAGAUAUCUUUUCAACCAACCACAUCAUAUGGGGUCCCUAUGUUGUGGAAGGAGUGUUAAAAGGAAGGAGAAAAUCCAGUCAAUACAGUACAAGAGACCAAGAUUGCUGUAUCUUUGAGUGAAAACAUGGCUCAUUGGUGGGUUUUUUUUUUGCAUAUUUAAAAAGAUAGUUUUUCUUUUUUUUAAUUUUAUUUUUUAUUAUUUUAUUUAAUUAUUUUUCAAGUGCAGUUUUCUAUUUCUCCCAUUCUAGCCCACCCCUCCCCAUGCUCCCCACCUCCCUCCCAUUUCCACCUCCCUUAGUUGUUGUUCCUGUGUCCUUUAUACUUGCUCCUCUAAAUCCCUCCCCUUUUUUCCUCUUAAAUUCCCUCCCCUCUCCCCUCUGGUCGCUGUUCCCCUGUUCUCUAUUUCAGUGUCUUUGGCUAUAUUUUGCUUGGUUGUUUGUUUUGUUGUUUAGCUUCCUGUUAAAGGUGAGAUCAUGGUAUUUGUCUUUCAGCACCUGGCUUAUUUCACUCGGCAUAAUGCUCUCCAGUUCCAUCCAUGCUGUUGUAAAGGGUAUUAUUAUAUAAGUAUUGAUAGUUUGAUUUGACAAAAAUAGCUAAGGUGUAUUGAGUGAUUACUCUGUGUCAGGCACUAUUUGAAGCACUUUAUAGCUAUAAUCCAUUUAUUCUUCAAAAAAAUCUUUGAGAUAGAUGCUUUCAUUACCCACAUUUUACAAAUGAGGAUAAAGAGGCAGAGAAACAGCUUGCCGAAAGUCACACAGCUUGUAAGUAGUUAAAUCUGCCUGGCUUCAGAAUUCACACUUUUGAUGACUGCAUAUUAUUAUUCAAAAGAGUAAUUUUGGGAAAUAAUGCCUGUUGCGUAACAGCAAAUCCUGACAUUCUUUAGUUUCAAUAUCUAACUCAAAGUAUCACUUCGUGAAUAGUAACUAUAAUAGUUAACAUUUUAAAACAUUUACCCUGUGCCACAUACUCAUGAGUCCUCUUUUUGUUAUAUACUUUUCUUUAUACAAAAAUUUAAGCUUUAAACAAUUUAUUGCAAAAUUUAAUUUUAUAAACUGAUUUCCAGAUGAACAUCUUCCAGCAGUAAGCCUCUCAUUUUAUUCUAUCUUGUUUUUCCUUGUUUUGAUUUUUUAACUUCUAUCAGAAAACCCACAUAAAAUUCACCCUUCCCACAAAGUCCAAGUGUGGUACAGUGUCAGUCACAUACAUUUUUUGUGCAACAAGUCUCCAGACUCCCUCGUCCCUGUCCUUCAUGAUUGAAACCAUACCCAACAUUCCCCUUCACCCCUUUCUAUCAGCCUCUGGUAACCAUCAUUCUACUUUUCUGUUUCUAUCAGUUUGACUACUUUAGAGACCUCCUAUAAGUGGAGUCAUGCAUUAUUGGUUUUUUUGUAACUUCAGUCUUUAUUGGUUAUUUCACUUAGCAUAAUGUUGUCUAGGUUCAUCCAUGUUGUAGUGUAUGAAAGUAUUUCCUAUUUUAAGGCUUGAUAAUAUUCCAUUCAUGUAUACACCACACUUUCUUUAUCCAUUCAUCUGUGAAUGGAUGCUUAGUUUUUUCUACCUUUUGGCUGUUGUGAAUAAUGCUGCAAUAAACAUGGGCAUGUAGAUAUCUCUUCUCUAAUCCUCAGAUUCCUAACAGCAAAUUGGGAUUAUUUGCAUUUACCUUCCAAAUAGGGCUGCCAGAUUUAGCAGGAAAAAAAAAAUGCCCAAAUUGGAAUUUCAGACAAACACUGCCUUGGGACAUACUUAUACCAAACAAUUAUUUAUUGUUUAUCUGAAAUUUAAUUUUAAAUGGGCAUCCUGUAUUUUAUUUGGCAAUUCUACUUCCAAAAUCAAUAUGAAGAUUAGACAUAAUGUGAUAAAAUCUAUCAGUCAAAUGGCAAGUUUACAUCAAACAUGGUAUCCAUUUUUAUAACUUCUAUAUAUUUCCAUUUCAAAUAAGAAUCCCAGGAAUUCAAAAUUAAUUUGAUACUGCUAUCUUUAUGAUCCUGGACAAGUUCAAGCUGUGAUUUUGAGCACCUCAUCUAACUUCUAAGUUUAUUGCAAACUGUGA